GAAGAACGCUCGGAAGCCUCCUUAGAAGUUAAUACUCUACUACUACUGCUAAUAAUAACUACUGAGCUAACGGCCUAUAAGAAUAAGUUCCCAGACCUAGAACGUUUUGAUGGGACCCGUAAGAACUACCUAAGCUGGAAGUUUAAAUACGAAGGAAAGCUAGAAUACGACGUUGCUAUGUUCCUAAUGGAGGACUCGAAGGUUCGAUACAAGCUAAUGCUCUAUAUCUCUAAGAAUAGGAGUUUAAAGGAGUAUAUAGACAAGGUAAUUGAGCUUUUUAACGACCUGCUAAGACGACCUCCGCGGGACUGCUAUAGCUGUGGAGAGCCGGGUUAUCUAGCUAGGAACUAUCCGAACAACGUUUAGGUUGAGAGAGCUAGAGCCCUCCCUAAGAGCGAAAAACGGAAGUAGCUAGAAGAGGCUGAGGACCUAGCUAACAGUGACUUGGGAAAAGAGGAGCUCUAAGCUAGAGUCUCGGCUUAGAGCCUCUGAAGAUGGAUUAGCAGAUAAGUAGCGAAUAGAGUUAAUUUCAGCGAAAGCACAUGCGUCCCCCGCUAAUUACUAUAGAUCUGAUUAUGAACCACGUAGUUAACGCUAUGGUACUAAUUGAUUGUAGAUGUCUCUGCUACGCA